CGAAGUCAACACUUUUUUCAACACUUGUUGAAAGCGCUGUUGACUUCGAUCGGCACAAAACAACCUCCACGAUGGCCAAACAGCGGAAGAAAAAGACGACGGCGCAGACACCAUGGGCCCAAAGCAAGGCUAAGAAGCUGUUAAAGGAUGAUAUCAUCACUGGGAGAGUCACUGUCGACAUGAUGCCUGCUGAUGUCUUUGUCAUGCGACCAGAAUUUGCAGAGUAUGGCAAAAGUCGAUUUGGACCAAAUUUGCGCAACCUUCAAAAAGCUAUUGCACGAGACUACAACAGAAUGUCCAAGGAUUGCGAGUACUUUGGCAAUGAUAUGUCUGUGUUGUUGGAGCAACGAAAGGAUAACCCUCCUAUCAAGAGAUCGUGGCACACAUCUGAAGCUAAGACGCUCCUUCAAGAAGAUAUCGACAAUGGGGUUCAUUUGUCAAUUGACCCAGAGACUGGCACGAAAAUAGAGCCAAAAGCAAUAUACCAGUUGAGACCCGAGUAUCGAGAGUUCAGUCUUAAAGUGUUUCGCAAUCAUAUCUAUCAAGAAGUGAAGAGACGCGAAAAGAUGGAGUCGAAGCAUUGA